GACCUGGUGCCGUGGCUGUGGCAAGGCGGCCCCCAGGGCGUCAUCGGUGGUCACGUGCCAGUGGCAGCAGAACAAGCGCAAGAGGGUGCCGAAGCAGCAGGGCCAACGGCAGCCACAACGGUGGACGCAGCCGAGGGCCCAGGGCUGGUGGGCGCAGCCAGUGGAGUGGCCAGCGCUGGCGACAGCCCCGAGGCCAAGGGCAGCCGUCCAGGCGCCGGCAGCGAGAAGCUCCACAAGGAAGGCGUGGUGGACCAGGAGGUGCUGGCAGCCGUGCUGGGCGCCAAAGUCAAGGCGGCCCAGGCAGCUGAGGCGGCCAAGCCUGACAAGGGAUUGGAUGACCAGCUGCGCGUGGUGCAGAGCAAGAUCACGCACAAGGAGCGCACGGUGGCCAGGGCAGCCGAGCAUGUUGAGGCGACGCGCAAGGUGCUGGCCGACGCCCAGGCCAGCUUCAAGGCUGCAGAGCAGGCGGCGCAGGAGCGUGCCGACGAGCUGCGCGCCCUCACCAAGAAGCGCGUGGUGCUUCUGCAGCAGAUGUCGGCCAAGGCGUCGGAUAUCACCGACAGGGCGAGGGAGGACCCUGAGUUCAUGCAGGCGUACAACGAGCUCAAGGACGCCCAGAGGAAGGCCCAUGGGAGCGAGCGGGCCCUGCGGGAGAAGUACAAGGACCACUUCGCCAGCGCCCCAGUGCCGGGGGGCCCACCAGCGGAGCCCGAGGCCACGGACCCGAUGGACUUCGAUGCAGCAGCGCAGGAACAGUUCUUCGAGGACUGGUGCAAGGGCAUCGGCAUCGACAAGGACGUCAUCGCACAGAACAUGGGCGACAACCUUUCUGUGGCUGCGCCACCCGAGGGCCAGCCUGCAGAACAGGGCAGGCGCAAACGAGGGCGAGGCAAGCUCUCGAAGGGGAUAGAGAUCUACACCGCCAACUGCAACUCGUGGGCCAAGGGCGUCGCGUUCGUUGACGAGUACAUCACCAAGCCGAGCUGCAUCCUGGGCCAGGAGCACAGGCUGGGCGAUAAUUGGAAAGAUGAGGUGCUGGCAGCGACCUGCAAGCGAGCAUGGGCGAUUGCGAUGACGCCCACUGCGACGGGAGCUCGUGGGGGCCGCAGUGCUGGGACCUACAUCAUGGUGCCCAAGUCCAUCGGCCUCACCUACGCGUACGACCAACAGGAGUGGGACUGCUCAUCCACAGGCAUGCGAGGGCGCAAAUGUGCGGCCCGAUGCCCGCUGUGGGGCACAGGAGGCGCGCUGCUGGUCUCGGCAUAUAUGUGGGCAGGCGAAGGGCUGUCAGAACGCAACCUGCAGGUCCUGGACCGCAUCGGCGAGCUCACAGAGAUGCAUGCUGCCCCUUGGAUUCUUGGCAUGGACGCGCAGUUGGAACCCCACACCUUGCACGAGUCGGGCUUGCUCCAAGACGUGGGAGGAGUGCUCCACACCUCUGGCAAGGUUACGUGCGACAGCAUCGGAGGAGGACGCGAGAUCGACUACUUUGUGGUCGCCAAGGGCCUCAGCCCUGCCCUCAGCCAGUGCGGAUGCUGCCUGAAGCAGCCCAGGGAGGCCAGGAUGCUGCGCUUCAUCAAGCCGCGUGCCUUCCCUAUGGCGCUGCCAGUCGGGCGUGCGCCGCAGCCGCAGCAGUGGCCGUUGUGGCCGACCAACCACACGGGCAGGCUCGACCAGGAGGAGCUGGACAACUACUGGCGCCAGGUCUCGCGCACGGCAGAGGAGGAGCUCCUGGGCAUCUACCAGAUCCCAGAGGAGGAGCGCCCACGGUACCGCGGCCGAGGCGAUGCGCCGAAGACGGUGUUCACGCCGCUCCUGGGCCCCAAGGCGAGGGAUGGCGUCGGGCAGACGGUGGAAGCCACGGCCUGGCGCUGGGCGGCCAACCAGAUCGGCAGCCACAUACUGGUGGCUCAAGCAGCCAGGGCGAAGCGCCCAGACCCAGCUCGGGUGGCAUGGCUACGCGAGUGCCUCGGUAAGGCGUUGCACCGAGGGCGACACCGCUUGCGGCAGCUCGGGGCCACGGGACAGUGGCUGGACCACCUCCUCUUCGACAUCGAGCACUGGCGGCUGCACGAGGAUGGCGCUGAGGAGCGGCUCACCGCAGUCAUGGAGAUACGGCGGUGGCUCCUUAAGCCGGCCAACAAGAUAGUGAGCACGCGACCCCCCGCGCCCAUCGCGAACUACAAGAAGGGCGAGGUGGAGUUGUUCGACGGGCAGACGCUGGUAGAUGGGCAUGCCCACCAGUGGUACCAGCUCUGGGCCUCGCACGGGAUGGUGGACGUCCUCGCCGAGUACAUACUCCACCACGUCCAUUGGCCUACCCAGGUCGAGCUGCUGGCCUACUUCCUGGUGCCGAAGCCGCACGAGGAUGGGCGCCGCCCGCUGGCCCUCUUGUGCUCCCUGGUUAGAGUUGUUGAAACGUUGAUGUCAGAUGAGUGUCGCAAAUGGGAAGAGAUAGUCGCACGGCCCUAUGACUGGGCUGGCAGAGGUAAAGGUGCUGAGGACGCGAUGUGGGACCUCAUGCUCAGGGACGAGAGCUGCCCAGAGGACCACAUCAACGCGGCUGCGGUGAAGGACCUAUCCAAGGCGUUCGAGCACGUCACCAUGAGGCGCCUGUGGGAGCACGGGCGCAAGCUGGGGAUGCCAGAGCAGGUGCUCCACUUCAUGAUCUCGGUCUUCACUAUGGAGAGGGUCGUCACGCUGGAUGGUAUGGUGGCCUCUACACGGAUGCGUACGUGGUCGGCAGCGGCUGCAGGCAGCCGUGGUGGUACACGGGCGCUCAAGUGUUUCACCAUCAUCUUGCUGGACAUGGUCAUCGCCAGGCCGUGCCUGCAGGGGGGCCAAGAGGCGGUGGUGCACGAGGCGAAGGAGUCUGCGAUGGCAUACAUACAGGCAGCUGAGGCAGAAGGCCUCCCUCUGUCGCUCACCGCGCACAAGAACGGCGUCACCAAGAAGGGCAAGAGCUAUGUCUACACGGCAGACAAGCAGGCCAAGGCCAAGUUCAAGCUCUGGGCGAAGGACAGGGGCCUGGAGAUCCAAGAAGAGGGCGUGCAGCUGGGCGUGGACUUCACGGGCGGUGUUGGUGCGCAGCGGCGGCCCAAGCAGCAAGAGCGCGUAGAGGUCAUGGUCAAGAGGGGUACCAAGCUUAACAUCCUUAAGAAGCAGGGCGCCAGCUUAGGCACGGCCAAGGUAGCCAAGCUUGGCUUCUUGCCGCCCAUGCGCUACGGGGUGGCCUGCAUCGGAGCGCCGCCGAAGCUCAUCGAGAGGGCUCGCAUCAACAUGUCGAUGGCGCUGAGCGGCGAGGCCAUGGGCAACUAUCGCACCUUGCGCCUGUGGCUCGAGGAGGCCGACCCAGCGGUGAGCCUCACCAUUCGACCAGUGGUGAAGUGGGCUGAGGUGGUAUGGAGCCGGGCCAUGGACGAGGAGGCAGUCUUGAGGACCCUGCGCGACCUCGGCUGGUCAUGGCCUGCGCCGUGGACGCUGCUCACACCAGCGGGCGUCCAGGUGCCAUUGCACACGGUGGCGCCUAAGACGGUCAGGUACAAGCUGGGGAGGGCCAUCGAGCGGCAGGUCCUCACGAAGUGGGCCACAGAGAAGGGCAUCGCCGAGGAGGUCCCGAUGCCGUUCUUGGAGCCGGUGAGGGCGCUGCUCAAGAAGCGCAGGUGGGUUGCGCAUCAAGGCGCCAUCAAGGCCUACGUGGGGCAGGACUACUGCACGCAGGCCGAGCUCCAGCAGCGCGGCACGGCAGCCGACGGCAUGUGCCAGCAGCGCAGGCGCGCGCUGGGCACUCAGAGGCACCGCUUCGGGCGCUGCGAGGCCCACGAGGAGAGCAGGGCCAAGCUCGCCGACAAGCAUGCGGGCAUUGUGCAGCGCAUGGCGGGCUCAGGCGAGAGCUUGCUGCUCAACUGCGGCCUGGUGGUGCACCCCACCUAUGACGUUGAGGGCGACACCCAGAUCGAGCAGUACCACUCGGCCAACGCAGAGGGCGACGACAUCUGCGAGGACGACGUCAUGCCGUUCAUCUCGGGGGUCUGCUUCACUGACGGCUCGGGCAAAGGCGCCAACGCGCUCAAGGGCUACGGAUGGGGCUACAUGUGGUUCGAGGAGCCUGCUGGUGAAGGUCAGUACACGGCGCUUGGUGGAGCAUACGGUAGCCUGCCAGGAGUGCGAGCUGAUCUGUCGGUGGCGUGCCGAGCUCCAGGCCAUCUGGCAUGCCUUGCGCAGGGCGACGGCCCCCCCACGCUGGUCACCGAUUACGAGAUGGCGGUGAGAGGCAUGAGGAGGGGCCGACAGUGGUGCAUGGCGCCGCAGAGGAGCAACUGCGACAUCUGGAUGCGCAUCUGGAACGUCGUGGACGAGACCUUCCCGAACAUGGAUGGCCUCACGGUGGCGCAUGUGCGGUCGCAUGGCAGAGGGCAGAACGCGUUCCACGUGCACGGCAACAAGAUCGCCGACGAGUUGGCGGUCAAAGGAGCGCAGCUAGCCAUGCCGCCGCAGUGGCAGAUCGACGUCUGGCAGGACCGCUGGAAGACAGUGCAGCAGGUGCUGAACUUCGUGGCAGACAUGGCAGUGGAGGUCGGCGACUUCGGGGACGUCGCGAUGCCCACCAAAGAGGAGGCACGGGCGCAGCGCCGGCGAGAGGCCCAGCUGCGAGGACGGCAGCCCGAGGCUGACGAGGCGAGGCCUGCCAUGACCUCGACAGGGCAUGCCACGGCUACGGCAGCGGCAGCUGUGGCGUCGGCAGCGGCAGCGGCAGCGGCAGCAGGCGCAUCGCCUGAGGAGGUGGCUGCCGCAGCUGAGGAGGCUGCGAGGGUGGCGACCCAGCCAGCAGCAGCUGCUGCGCCAGCCGACGACGAGAUGGAGGAGGGCGACCCCAUCGAGGACCCCGACGGUGGCGGUGACGUUGCAGGGCCGAGCGCGCCUGCUGGCCCUGUGGCGAGAGGACGGCCGCGGGACCCAGCGAUCAGGAGGCACGACUUCGUCGCGGAGGGCCAGUGGCACAGGUGCCUGGACUGCGGUGCGCGCUCCAAGGUGCAAGGGGCCCGAGCGGCGCAGUACAUGCGCCAGCGGUGCCCUGGAGUGCGGCAGCGAGUGUUCUACGAGGGGGGCUCUGGUCGGGGCGGUGGAGUAG